AUGGCUGGGACGGAGCCGGAGCGCGCCUACUACCCGGCGGCGGCGGCAGCAACGGCGGUGACAGGAGCGGCUCCGGCGCCCUUCCCCGCCUUCCAGUUCCGUGCGCGCCACGAGAGCCCCGAGUGGCGCCGCCUGAGCGCCGUGGACGUGGGCCGCGUGUGCCGCGAGGGCGAUGUGGCCACGCUGCAGGAGCACCUGGGCCACGUGACGUUCUGCAGCGCUGAGCGGGAGCGCUGCCCGCACUGCCAGGGCCCGGCCGACCCGCUGCUGCUCAAGCUGCUGCGCCUGGCCCAGCUGUGCACCGAGUACCUGCUGCACUCGCAGGAGUACCUCAGCGCCCAGCUCAGCAGCCUCGAGGAGGCCCUGCAGGCAGCGCACGCGCAGCGUGACCAGCUGCGCCAGGAGCUGGCCCGCGGCUCGCAGGAGAUCAAGGCCCUCAAGGAGGAGUGCCGGCGGAGGAAGAAGAUGAUCAGCACCCAGCAGAUGAUGCUGGAGGCUCGGGCCAGCUACCACCAGUGCCAAUUUUGUGAGAAGGCUUUUAUGAACUAUUCAUUUUUGCAAAGUCACAUGCAGAGGCGUCAUCCAGAAGAAUCUCAAAUUGAACAGAAGAAGAGUGCAAAGACAGACAAAUUGCAGGAAGAGAUCAAUAAACUGAAGGAGCAGCUAGAGUUCACCAAGUCCCAGUUAGAGGCUGAACAACAUGCUAAUAUGGUUAAGUUUUCUAAGGAAUGUGAACAGCAAAAAUCAAAAGAAGAAGAAAUUCUACAAUCAUUUCAUAAAUGGAAAGAGGAGGAAAAAGAGAAAUUAGCUGAUGAAAUAGAAAAAGUAAAAGAAAUGUUUAUGAAAGAGCUUAAAGAGUUAUCUUCAAGAAAUUCAACGUUAGAAGAUCAACUGUUAGUACUACAGAAGUCCAAUAUGCAACUUAAAUCCAACUUGGGGACGUUAAAAGACAGCCAAGAAUUUAUAGAAGAGAAACCCCAGAAUCCUCAGGAUUAUCACAAUGUGGUUAAACUUCUUGAAAAACAGGAAGGUAAAUGGGCAUCUAGAAUACAAGCCCUUCAUCAGGAACACGAGACAGAAAAGAGUCUGCUGCUGUCACAGAUUGAGAAGCUUAAAUCAUCAGUGAGAGAAGACUUGAAUAAAAGCAACACCUUUUACAAGAGAAGGAUAGAAGAGUUGGGGCAGAGGCUUCAGGAACAGAAUGAUCUAAUUAUUACUCAGAAGAAACAGAUAAAAGAAUUGUCCACAAGGUCAGCUGCAAGUAUUAAACCAUAUGAUGUGAACACUAAUGUACAACCUUUUGUGGAAUCUAGAUCAAGUCUACCUGUGAUGCAUGAAAUUGAGAAAGGCGAUCAUAAGACAGGUAGAAGUAACCAACAUUUAAUAAAUGCUUUGAAGACUGAUCCAUCCUUAACUAAAGAAUUGCGAGUUGUUUUAGAGCAAGCCCUGGAAGAGAAGCUGGAAUCCUUGGGAAUUAAAGCAGGUGUUCGUGGUAUCCCAAAUGAGCGCCUAAAUAGAAUUUUACAUGCUAUUGAGUCUGCUAGAGAACACAAGCAGAAGCAAGAGCCUGACAUUCAGCGAAUUCGAGAGCAUCUGGAACGCCAAGUCAGCUUUAGGAUUGAGGAGAAAUCAUCAUCUUGUAAUAGAUUUGUUUCCUGCCCUCAUCUUCCUUCAGAAGAUAAACAAAAGUUCAAUCAACUGAGAAUUUCCUCAUCUGCAAUACCACAAAAAACAGUAAAACGGCCUUCAACAGCUGUCCGCCCAGCUGGACAGAGAGCAGCUGUCACUGAGAAUACAUCUACACCAAAAUCCAGGAAGCUUUUUGGAGAUGGACUUUCCAGAAAGACAUCUAGUAUCACAACUCCACCAUUCAGCUCAGAGGAAGAAGUGGAUGAUGAUGAUAUUAAGCAGGCUUACAUAUCACCAGAAUUACUGCAGAAACAGUCAAAAACAUCAAGCAACAAUGUCAGUGCUUUUCGGAUGGCUCCUGGCAAAAGUGAUAUGGAUGGGACUGAGGAAAGCGAAAUGGAGGAAGCUGAAACACCUGCCAAAACUUCAAAAGGAACAGUUAUUCAAAAAAUGACUGAGCAAGUUGGAAAGAGUCUUUCUAACCAUGGAAAUAAGAAUAAACCAGUUGGAGGGGUUAACGUUGCACAGGCGUUUGUUAAGAAAGAAGAGGUGCAGGAACUAAAGUUCACAGAAGUUGAUGAAGAUGACUGGGAUAUCUCAUCUGUAGAGGAUGACCUUCUGUUGAUGAAACCAGGGAGAGGUCAGAAGGCACAAGCUGCUCAGAAAACCGAGGCAAAUGCUGCAUCCGUGGUGCACGCGUGGGGUCUUCCCAAGACAAGUGUGCCAAAAGAGGAAGGCCUUCAUGAAGCGGAUAAUACAAGCACAUUAAAAAGCAGCUUAGUCACUGUAACAGAUUGGAGUGAUUCUUCAGAUAUCUGAUUGUUGUGUUCCUAAUAAGAGGCACGGUUUGGGGGUUCUGUGGGGCUUGGAAACUUA